UCAAUUAUCCAUAAUAUUAUUUUAUCUAUAAUGAAUUUUAAAUAUUCUUAAUUCAAUUUUCAAUCCAAGAUAAAAAAAAAUUUCCCGUCGUGUGCAACAAAAUUGAAAAUUUUCUCUGAUUCGACAGAUUUUUUUUAAAUUAAUUAAAUCUUUUUGCAUUCAUUCAUGCAAGUUUGCUUAAUUAUAUAUUUUUUUUAUUAUUAUUUUACCCUGCUGCUCAUCAUCUUGCUCUCAAUAUCUUUAUUUUUUCUCUCGUUCUUCCUUUACAGACCAGAAUAAUAGAGAAAUAAAAUAAUAAAUUGCAGAUUAAAAAUGACAGAUUAUUUUGAAGAGAUGAACUUUCAGCCAAUUGAUGAAGACCAAGUUGCUGAGCAUCAAUUAAUGCUAAUGGUACGAUUUUUGCGUCAAAGCGGUUACGAUGAAUUGGAUAUGCAAUUCAACACUGAUCGUUUGCCACCGCCAACAUCGAAGGAAUUAAUAAACAAUCUUAAGUCACGACUUGUUAAGGCGCAUGACGAAAAAUGUCCAAUUUGUUUAGCACCAAAUGAAAAUUUGAGCGAUGAGACAUUCUUAACUCUACCAUGUGGCCAUGAUUUUCAUAAUGAAUGCAUCUUACCUUGGCUAAAUCGCACCAAUACAUGUCCUCUGUGUCGAUCAGAGAUGAAAACCGAUGAUGAGGAAUACGAAGAGGCGAAGAAGAGGAAACAACGGAAACAAGAAAAUAUUGAAACAUUACACAAUUCGAUGUUCGGUUGAGUCGCCAAAUUGACAAUUGACAAUCUUCUUUUGUCUAUGUCGCUUUUAUAGACAAUUUAUAUGCACUAGCUUCUCCUCUCUUUUUCUUUGUGCUGGUUUCUUAUUUAGUUUCAAUCCAAUGAAUGACAACUGUGUCUUAUUUUUCAUAUUAUAGCGUUUUAAUUUUAAAA